UCCGGCAAGUAUAUAAGCGCGGAGCUGGUGCAAAGCCAGGUACAGCACUCGUCGCUUUCGUUCUGGUCACAACGUUGAACCAGGCAUCUCGACAAGGAUGAAACUUAUGUUGACGCUGACCGUGUGUGGGCUCGCCGUGAGCCUGGCGACCGCCGGAUUUCUCAGCGGUGGCGGUGGUGGGGGCUUCGGUGGCGGAGGCUUUGGUGGUGGCGGACCCUGGAGAAGUGGAGGGGGCUUUGGAAGCUUCGGUGGUGGUGGUGGCGGGCCCUGGAGAAGCGGCGGAGGCUUCGGUGGAGGAGGCGGUGGCCCUUGGAGAAGUGGCGGUGGUUUCGGAGGCUUCGGUGGUGGCAGUGGACCAUGGAGGAGUGGUGGUGGUGGCUUAGGAGGCUUCGGAGGAGGCCUUAAGAGUGGCUUCGGAGGCGGCGGCUUUGGAGGUGGUGGACCAUGGAGCAGCGGUGGUAGUUUCGGAGGUGGUGCUGGUCCCUGGAGAGGAGGUGGCGGCGGUGGUUUUGGUGGAGGCGGAUGGAGAGUCGGCGGUGGCGGCUUCGGUGGAGGCGGCCGCGGAUGGUGGUAGAUGUGUUAAGCAGUGUCUGCGUCCCGGAACCAAGUCGACCUUUGUGAAGAGGCUGCAGAACUAGCGUUCGCCACUGCCAUUGGAGCGGAGACGCAGCACCGUGAGCCUUACCGGGACCAUGCGAGGCAUCAGCGUCUGCACGCCUACGACACAAAGACGUUGAGCGGCUUGAAACAAUGCGAACUGCUACAAUGCUGUCACGUUAUCUCCGCAAGCUUCUAAGUUCAACAGUCUCUUUCUGAGGCUUUGACAGAAAAGAGAGAGAAAGGCGGAAAAAACAAAGGAACAGUGAAAAGAAUAAUAAGACUAAACCAUAAGAUACCAAGUGCAGCUUCUUGUUCGGGCUAACUGAGACGUAACAGCUACUUGUUUCUUGCUUCUCUGGCGAGAUACACUCGUUUUGCAUACUGAAGGCGGUCUUGUUCUCUUGUUCGUGCUGCCGACGCAGUUUACCCAGCUUCCGAAUAAAAAGCAAUCUCUAUUUUUGUUCGAAA